GCGCAUUUUCUCAAUCAUCGAGACCAUCGUCGCAUUUGUGUUUCGAUUCGCCUUUUUUCAUCACGAUUGUAACACACUUGCCCUCAUUGUCGCGAAGCGUGUUGGAGUAUUUAGCGCGUGUCGAAUGAUACUUGUGUUCAUUUUGUUCGAAAAGGAGUUGAACAAAUGCAUGUGAAUUGAAUGAAUUGUAAUUUAGGCAAAGGAUAAUAAGUGAAUAAGCCAAAAGAUCUUAAAGAAUUGAGUGAGUCGAAGAUUAAUAUUUCCUAAUCCAGUAAAGAAGACUAUUGAUUUUUUAUAAAAAAAGGAACAAACAACUUCUAAGAGUCAAUCUGCCAAUUUUUUAUUCAUCGAAAUUUACAAAUUCGCUGGAAUAAUGGGCUCCACCACGACAAGUCAAGGCAUUGGAAAUUAUUGGAAGAGCAACGUGUGGAUGGAGAUGAUAGCGAAUGAUUUGUUCGUAAACGAUGAUGCUACGUCGACGCCAUCGAUGGAAUGUGACGAUCAGCCUUCUUACUCCGAACUCGAAGUACAGAGUUUCGUCGAAAUCCAAGAAGAAUCGUCGUCGCGUCGCGCCAAAAUAGACGACGACGGCGGCAGCGGCGGUGUCAUCGGGUCGAUAUUUUUCGACGAUCCUGAUUACACUCGAACAGACGAAAACAUCUGUCCCGCUGUGGAUUUGAGUAAAUUGGAACUCAAUAACGUUGACACCGAUCUGGAAGAGUUACUCAAAGAUUCGCCGAGCGAGAUGCUGAGCCGCACGGACGACGUGCGCCGCGUGUACUCAAACAAGCGCAAAGCUAAUUCCACGCACGAUUUCUUGGAAAUGCUAGGCUCGACGAACGAUGUAUUUCGCGAUGAUUUGAACGUCGAUCCCAGCUCGAUCGUCGCUACUUCGACUCCGAAAAAAAUGAAUUUGACGGAAACGUCGAAUGAAACUUUGAUCGAGCCAAUGUUCAGCGGGAAAAAAAAUUUAUCGAUGACGGAGAUCUUGUGGCAGAGAUUGUGCGCUGACCGCAGUAUUGAUUCUCUCGAUUCUAUCGAUCCGUCGUCAAUAUCAUGUGGCUGUGAAAUCUCGGCUGCUUCCGAAAAUAAAAAAAUCGAUGAUAUAGCGAACGAUAAGGUCGACACUUUUGACUCGAAGCAGUUACAAGAGCAGAUUGAUACAAAUUUAUACGAGAUAAUGAUCCCAUCUCCGUUAUCUUUGUCGGAAAAUAAAUCAAAUCAUAUUUUGGAUAUUGAUGAAUACUUACCGGUAUCGACCACUUCCGAUGAAGUUGUUAAUCCCAAUUACCCAGGAACGAUCGAACAAUCAAUUUAUCAAUCAAAUUUAUUUUCUGAUGAGUCUGUGCUGCAAAGAUUUGGUGAGAGAUUGAACAAAUACAAAACUCAGAAUCAACAACUGCACUUUGAUACUGAUUGGGAAAACGAAAUCGACUUGGUGUCAAGAGUUUCGAAAUUCAUUCAAAAUCGUCUGGAUAGAAAGUCGGCGAAUGAUGUGGAUCAAGGAUUACUUCCGGAAAAAAAUUCAGAGGGCAAAGUUAGCACGAAUAAUACUUCUAAGAUCAAUGAAUCGGCCGAGUCGAAAAAAGGAGAUGUAUCACAAAAUUCGCAAGAGCCACCAAAAAAAAAAUAUGCAAAAAAAUCUCGAUUAUCUAAUGAUAAUGUAUGUAACAAUAAGUCACCAGUUAUUACAGAUGAAAAUUUUGAAGAUGAGCGUCGCAUAACGAGACAGUUCGUGAAGCAAAUUGAUGAUGUCAGGAAAUCUUUGAAAAAAAUCGAUUAUACUCCCGGGAGAUUGGUUUGGGCUCACUACCGAUCUGUAUGGUGGCCUGCGAUAAUAAUUCGAGCGGAAGACGCUGGCAUGGUUUCUACGCCGAAAAACGUUUGGGUCAUCUGGAUUGGCGAGCUACUCAUAUCCAAUAUACCCGAAAAACACAUCGAUUUAUUUUCGGCUGAUAUAGUAUCAAGAUUUGAUGUCUUGAGUAAUAAUCCAAAAGUCAAGGAUAGCGAUAAAAAAUUUAAAGAUUUUGUUUGUUACAGAACUGUACAGUUAUUGAAAUCGCGUUUCUCUAGUGGACCUCUCCAGAAACCAUUUUCUUUAUGGAUAAAAUGCAACGUUUUAUCGCAUAAAAAUGAGUUAAAUCAGCUGAUUUUCGACCCAUAUCCCGAUGAUGUUAUUGAGAAAUUGAACGAAUUGAAAGAAUUAAAUUACCGCAAAACUCAGCAGUAUCUCAAAGAGCAAGAAAAUGAGCGACUCAAUAAAACAUUAGAAGUAAAAAAUGUUCAAAGAAAAAAAAUCGAAAAACCGGAAUUCAUCGGACCAGGUGGUAUCGACAUUGCGGAUCAAAAACCGGGAAUGAUCGUUUGGGCCAAAUGGCCUGGAUACAGUUAUUGGCCAUGUGUAAUUAUGGAUUAUCGGCAUCUUAAUAGAAAACAGCCAAAUAUAGCGCAUCAAUGGGUAAUGUGGUAUGGUGAUUUUAAAUAUUCUCAAGUUGAAUAUCGUCAAAUAUUAAUGUUUCCUGCGGGAAUAAAAAAAAUGGCAGCAAAAAUACAAGAAAUGAAAGAUGACCUUUUUUGUAGAGCAGUUUUGCAAGCAGCUAAAGACUAUUCUGCAGUAUUAGACUAUCAAUCAGAAUCUUGGAAAAUUGAUGAUGUGAUAAAUAUUUUCCUUAAAUCUAAAAAAGAAAAAAAAUUAAUAGAAGAACGCUUAAUAGAACCUAAUGAAGAAAAUCUAUUUUCUGAAACAAUUAAAAAACAAUUAAAAAUACAAAUCAACGACCACCCUGAUAGCGGUGAAAGAAAACAACAAAUAUUGAAAUCAAGUAAUAUAAAACUGGCAAUAGAAUGUAAACUAUCUUUAGAUUCGUUAUGUAUGAUUUGCUUUGAAGAUAACAUACAUUUAGAGAAGCACCCAUUUUUCAAGGCUUUUUUAUGUGACCCAUGCAUGGAACAAUUUGAACCGAAAAUGUUUGCUUAUGGAAACGAUGGAAAAUGUUUUUAUUGUACUCUUUGUGGUUGUGAUGACGUUGUUGCAGUUUGCGACAAUAUAAGCUGUCCAAGAGUUUUUUGUACAGCAUGUAUCAAGCUAAUUAUAAGUCCAGACUGCGCUGAUGAAAUUUUACUGAAACAACCAUGGAAUUGUUAUCUUUGUGAUUCAAGUCAACUUGAAAAUAGUAUUAUGAAAAUGCGAAAAAAUUGGAGAAAAAGAUUGUUUUCAAUAUAUAAUUCUAAUUGUAAUGAUGAUAAACAAACAAAUUUUCAGCACAUCAAUAAAGAUACAAAAAUUAGAGUAUUAUCUUUAUUUGAUGGUAUUGGAACCGGUCUACAAGUUUUAAAAAAAUUAAAUGUCAACAUUGAUUGUUAUUAUGCUAGUGAGAUCGACCCUGAUUCAAUGAAAGUUAGUUAUUUUAAUCAUGGUAAGAAAAUCAUUCAAUUAGGAGAUGUCAGAGAUAUAGAUGAGAACAUGAUUAAAAAGAUAGCUCCCAUUGAUUUAUUGAUUGGAGGAUCUCCAUGCAAUGAAUUGAGUUUAGCUAAUCCAAAAAGGAGAGGACUAGAUGAUCCUGAAGGAACUGGUGUACUUUUUUAUGAGUAUGUGAGAAUAAAAAAACUUGUUGAAAAGCAUAAUAAAAAGCGUCAUUUGUUUUGGCUUUUUGAAAAUGUUGCAUCAAUGCCAAAAAUAUAUAGAACUAAAAUCAGCAAAAAUUUAAAAAGAGAGCCUAAAUUACUUGAUUCAGCAGAUUUCUCAGCACAGCAUAGACCAAGACUUUUUUGGGGUAAUUUACCAUGGGGACCAUACGAAUUGAAUGAUGUUAAAUUACAAGAUUGUUUAAGAAAAGAAUGUAAUCGUCAGGCUUUGGUGAAAAAAAUUGCGACUGUCACAACAAGAUCAAACUCACUCAAUCAAACAAAAGAAAAUAUAAAACCAGUGCUAAUGGAUGGUAAAAAAGAUUCUCUUUGGGUAACCGAGCUCGAAGAAAUAUUUGGUUUUCCUAUUCAUUACACGGAUGCAAAUCUUCAAAAAACAAGACGACUGCAGCUUCUUGGUAAAGCUUGGAGUGUACAAACACUUUUUGCCAUACUUCAACCAGUUUUUAAAUUUUAAAUUUUAUUGAAAGCAUUGAAUCAGAUUUUUUUAAAGGAUGCU